AUGACGGGGCUCGAUGACCCAGAUUACUCGACCAUGGCCGCAGCUGGCUAUAUCCAAAUCACCUUGAUUUGGGUCGUCUAUGCCAUCGCCGUGGUCCUCCUUCUCUCCAUCGCCUGCCUCUUUGUCUACCUCUACCAGACCCAUCGAGAGCGGUCCAUCUUCGUCACCAUUGUCUGCAUCUUCACGAUCACAUGUUUGCUGGCAACCGUCCUCUUGCUUCCGGUCGACGUCGCGCUGGUCUCUAGUACCACAAGCUCAAAAUUGGGCCAGCGGAAGGAUUGGGCAACUCAGGGGAAGGUCGAUAACAUCACCUUUACCCUCCGGGUUGUAUACUAUCUUCUCUACUCGCUCGAUGCUCUUCUCUGCCUGCUCGUCAUUCCCUUUACCUAUUUCUGGUACGAAGAAUAUGAUGAAGUCGCUCAAGAGGAGGGUACGCAAACAUUCGGCUCCAGAUUCUGGGCUGCGUUCAAAUACACUCUGGCGUUCGUCUUCCUCUGCGUCGCGCUUUUCCUCGUGGGCUUCUUCGUCCCUGUCGCCCGCCACAGAGAGGGAGCUCAUUUCGACCUCGACUUCUUCAAGAAGCUGCUGGCCGAAAACCACGGUGAACGUGCCUUGACCUUUGCGCUCGGCCUUUUGAUCACGAUUGGUAUCCUCAUCUACUGCUUCUACACUGCAGCUGGCCUCGCGCUUCUUCCCCUCACUCUGAUCAAGUCCGCGCCCAGUAUCUCGGCGCCGGCAUUGAGCGAGUCUAGCGCCUCUCAGUUGGAAAGCAAUCUCGAAAGGCAGCGACAACUGGAGGGCCGCGCACAGGGCAAUCCUGAUGGGUUGUCCUCCAAAGACCAAAGAGAGUUGGACGCGCUUGUUCGUGAGGAACGCACUCUUCGUCGCCACCAGCGGCUCGCCGAAGAAUCCUCGGGGAAAGAUCAAAACAUUUUCUGGAAGAUCUGGAUCAAGCUAGGCGCCAUUUUGCGGCCUAUCAAGCUGAUCCUCGGACUUCUUCUGGUCAUCAUUGUUCUAUUGAUUUUCGCCAGCAUGCUCAUUACCGGCAUUGACAAGGCCAAGAACUCGAUCUGCAAACGACACUGCGGCUAUCUGCUCGGACACAUCAACAUCUUCCAACCGGUCAACUGGAUCCUGGUCAAGUCCGCCAAAGUGUUCCCCAUCGACUAUGUCAUCUUCCUGCUGAUCGUGAUGCUUUUCUUCAGUGCGAGCAUCCUCGGCAUUGCAACCAUUGGUAUCCGCGUCUUGUGGAUUACAAUCUUCAGAAUCCGAAAAGCUCACACUUCGCCUCAAGCAUUGUUGGUCGCAACUGUCAUGCUCACUCUUAUGACAUUGGCUAUCAACUACUCGAUAGCCAUGAUGGUGGCUCCACAAUACGCCACCUUUGGCCCUCAAACGUUCUGCGACCACCCCCUAAAGCACCCUGGGGGACGGCCCAAUUGUACUGAUCACCCACAGCACAUUGUACCAUGCACCGAGUCGACCGACAACCCUGCCGCCAGAAAUGUCUGCACACCUUCUGUGGUGUCCACAUUCCUCAACCGAGUGACGGUCAACUUCCCUUUCUUCGGUGUUGUGGAUUUCUGGGCACAGUUCGUCUUUUUGGGAAUUUUCAUGCUCGGCUUCAUCAUUCUACUGUUCCGCACACCGAAGUUGUCAGAUACAGAUUCGGAAGAGGACGAGCUCGAGGAAGAAGAGGAAGGUCUGUUAGCAAGCACAGGCAGAAGGUUUGAUGCGACGUGGCAAGACAUCACCGGUAGGGUCAGCCACGCGGGUAGGAGGGAUCAACAGGGUCGAGGGGGAAGGGACAGCACUACCUAG